UAUGAAAACGUUGAAUAUUAAUAAAUAAUUCCUACAAAAUGAGAUUGAACUGAAAAUUAUUAAAAUAAUUUUGUAAAUAUAAAUUAAAAAAAUCAACCAUGGACGUGGAAGUGAAAAUAAAAGAAGAUAUGAAAAAAUUGGGAUGCAAGUGUGAUAGGAAAAUAGCCUUGGCCUAUCAUUUGUACAUAUAUUUAGUUGACGUAAAGCUAAUGUACGACACUGAAUACUGCUAUAACAAAGAUAUAGAUACACUUUACGUCGUUGCGAGAUCUAUUAAAAAUGAAAAACUAAAUAUAUACGUGCCAAUACCGACAAGUGUGGACAUAUCUAUUGAUUUUAUUAGCGUACUACAAGAGAAUUUGUGUACUGUAGAGACAGGGCCAAGCGUAAAUCUAGCUUUCAUAGAAAGCGACUGCUCCACGGUGAUUUAUACAUUCACUAAAGGUAUAGCUGAGCGACCAUCUGCUGAGAAGACUUCACAAUUGAGACAGAAGUUCGAAAGGAGAACAUUUAUUAAUGGUGAAUUAAAGGAAAAUAGAAGUAAGAUUUUAAAUGAUGCUCUCAAUGGUGGCUUUGUCGAUGAUGAUGAUUGUCAAGUUUUGGAUUGAUAACUAGGAUGGAGAGUUGAGUGAUAAGUGAGUGUGGAAUCUUUAAAUUUAC